AUGAGAAAAAAAUCCAUCAUAAAGAAGGCAAGAUUUUUAUCACAAAUAGAAGAAAUUUCCUGCAUGUCAAAUCAAGGAAAUAAUACAAUAGAAAACAAUGCUACUUUAUCUAAUGAUACAAUUAAGCUCAAUACAGAAAUUCAAUCGUUUAUGGAUGAUACUCGUAAUGAACUUCAAUUUUAUCUUGAAGACAAUAAUAUUACGAAUGACACAGAAAAAUGUCAAAAGGCAUCCACAUACAUAAAUUGGAGAGGAAUGGACUAUGUUAAUUUGCUAUUAAGUGAAAAAGAAGAUUAUAAUAUCUCCUGUCUUGUUGAAAAAUGGAAUGAGAAACAAAAUUCUUUUCAAACAAAUAUAGUUCAAAAAACAAGUUCAACGUGUAAAACAACAACGUUUGAUUAUUGUUCUAUUUUGAAUAAAAAUAAUAACUGCACUGUCCCUUAUGAAAAUAAUGAUCUACCAGUAAGUACAUUAACAUACAAUCAACUCAGUGAUGAUUCAUAUAGUGAUAAUAAAACUCAAAUUAUUCAGCAAAGACGUCUUAAGUUUGACGAUGUUACUAAUGAUAUAUCUUAUUACUAUUACAGAAGGUAUGAAGAUGACAAAUCUCAACUUAAUUGUGGAAAGUGGAGUAUGUACAUAUAUAAGAGAGGAAUGCAAUUUGUUAACAUGUUCGCCAGUGAAUUUUAUGAUGAUCCAUUAUAUAUAAAUAAUUCUAUUCAAAUAUGGAAUGAUUAUAGUAAUACAAUGGAAAAAACUGUGUUAGAACAGACUGGUAAUAAAUGUAAUAUGACAACAUUAAUUUAUCAAAUUAAAGAACGAAGAAAUACAGCUGAUCCAUAUGAUUUAUCGUGGAUUCCUCCAGAAAGCAAUCAAAAUAAAUCUAAUGAAACUUCAUAUAAUACAACUGCAUUACCAGAUAACGUACAACCUACAACUGUAACUCCUAAUGAAUUACAUAAUGAUACUACUACAGAUUCAUUGGGUAACAAUACGACUAGUUUUAAUAAUGUAAAUGGUACCAGUCCCUCUGAAAAUACAUUAACAAGCGACACUUCAGUACCACCAGUUGCUGUAGAUCAAACUUCCCCAGAAACUGCAAUCACAAUUUCUCCAGAAAAUUUAACACAAUCCAAUUCUUUAACUCCAAAUAAAACAAUACAUCCUAAUAUUAAUACUAUAUCUGACACAACCUCAUCAUCACAUUCCCCUGAGGUUGAAACAUCUCCUGCAACUUCUUUACCUUCUGAAACUGUAACUUCUGUAAAUAAAAUUAUUUCUACAAAUGGCAAUUCAUCUGUUACAAAUGAUACUGCUACGGAUUCAAUGGAUAUCAAAACGACUAGUGUUAAUAACAUAAAUGGUACCAGUCCCUCUGAAAAUACAUUAACAAGCGACACUUCAGUACCAUCAGUUGCUGAAGAUCAAAUUGUCCCAGGAACUGCAUUCACAAUUUCUCCAGAAAACUCAACACAAUCCAAUUCUUUAACUACACAUAAUACAAUACAUCCUAAUACUAAUACUAUAUCUGACACAACCUCAUCAUCACAUUCGCCUGAGGUUGUAACAUCUCCUGCAACGGAAACAUUACCUUCAAAUUCUACUACAAGUAGUGGAACACCUUCAGUUACACCUUUACCUGGAGAAAUAUCUGCUACAACGGCCAAUGAUUAUUCUAAUACUACUAUGAAGUCAUUUACAAAUAAUACUGCAUCUUCUACUACUAUCACUCCACCUCUUACAACUGCAUCUUUAUCUUCCCCUGAGGAUAUGUCUCCUACAAAUAGAGCUAUACCUUCUAAUAAUAACACUGCAUCUCUAACAAGUAGUAGUGCACCUACAGUUACAUAUUUACCUGUUAACGAGUCUCCUCCAAAUAUAACUGCUUCUUCUACAAAUAUAACUGCAUCUUCUACUACUACGGUUGAGUCAUUGGCAAAUAAAAAUUUUACACUUUAUACAACACCAACUAAAUCCCCUGAAACUUCUUUAUCUUCUGAAACUGUAACUUUUGUAAAUAAAAAUAUAUCUACAAAUGGCAAUACAUCUGUUACAAAUGUUACUGCAUCUCCUUCAAAUGAUCCUAUUUCUCCUCCUGAGAUUGCACCUUCUCUUAGAACUAUGACUACGACGCCUACAGAUGGUUCUACACCUCCACUACCUUUAUCUACUCCUAAAAUCACCACUUUGCCAUCUACAAAUAAUUCUACAUCACCUACAAAUGAUAUGCCUAUUCAUCCUACUAAUGAUGUUACUCAUAAAACUGCAACUUUACCUUUAAUACAUAAUUCUUCACCUUUAUUGACAAAUACCACUGAAAAUUCUACUACUACCAUUGAACCAUUUACAAACAGAGUUGCAUCUCCUAAAACUGACAUUACAUCUCUUGCAAUUAACACUACAACUCUUAUGCCUGAUAUUAUAUCUCCAACUCCACUUUCGAAUCCUCUUGAUAAAACACCUAUUCCCACAACUCCAACUGCUUUUUUUCCUAC